AUGACAUCACUCAAGAAGAAGAGUAGGAGGAAGCCUUCUUCCCAGGCCCUGGGGAAUAUUGUUGGCUGCAGAAUUUCUCACGGGUGGAAGGAAGGUAAUGAGCCUGUCACCCAUUGGAAGGCCAUCAUUCUAGGUCAACUGCCAACAAACCCUUCUCUUUAUUUGGUGAAGUAUGACGGAAUUGACAGUGUCUACGGACAGGAGCUCCACAGCGAUGAGAGGAUUUUAAAUCUUAAGGUCUUGCCUCACAAAGUAGUUUUUCCUCAGGUGAGGGAUGUCCACCUCGCAGGCGCCCUGGUUUGCAGAGAGGUACAACACAAAUUUGAGGGGAAAGAUGGCUCUGAGGACAACUGGAGUGGGAUGGUGCUAGCCCAGGUGCCAUUUUUACAGGACUAUUUUUACAUUUCCUACAAGAAGGAUCCGGUCCUCUACGUCUAUCAGCUCCUGGAUGACUACAAGGAAGGUAACCUCCACAUCAUUCCAGAGACCCCUCUGGCUGAGGCGAGAUCAGGUGAUGACAAUGACUUCUUAAUAGGUUCCUGGGUGCAGUACACCAGAGAUGAUGGAUCCAAAAAGUUCGGAAAGGUUGUUUACAAAGUUCUAGCCAAUCCUACUGUGUACUUUAUCAAAUUUCUCGGUGACCUCCAUAUCUAUGUCUAUACUCUGGUGUCAAAUAUCACUUAA